AACUGCAACGGCGUUUACGCGAUUUCGAUUUACUGAUGCGAGUUUCUUACCUUUGAUGGUCGAUAAUACCCAGAGCAGUUUCCUGGGCUUUCACUAGGGACAUUGUACUUUCCGGGCACUGUAAGAUAGGGCAAAAAGUGGUCAUGUUGCCUGCCUUCCGGCUCAAUGGGAGGCUUCUGUUUUGUGUUCGACGGCAUUCAGUGCAAUUCUUGGCGGAUGGACGAUUUGGGUCAACGGUCGGAUAUCUUGACAGCAAUGCAUUUCCUCGUGUUAUUCCUCACGAGCAUCUCCUACACACAGCAUCUUGGUGAGGUGACAUGUGCGCUGCGUUCAGAUUCAUGGCAUGGCCACCUCUGGCCGCCGUCUGGCACUGACAUGGCGAACACCGAGUUGGGGCUGCCUAGCGACCUGGGCGGAGGGCUCGUCGAGAGUCUGCGUCCGGCCGUGCAGCGAAACGAAAUUAGGGCUGGAGCGUGCGGCGCAAAGGGCCUUUCUCUGGCAGUGCGCCCACCUGCCUCCGAAGCAUGGAGCCUGAAGAGGGGGAUACUGUUUACCAGAGGCCAUCGCGGUCCUCGUCAAGAGACGAGCAACAGGCACAGAUCACAGAUGCAGGCGGGUUGACAGGCAGGAUAGCGACAGCAUCCCGACACAGCGGGCCCUUGCCGACCGUUAUGUCGAAUCCGUCGCACCGUGUUCGAGCGGGCCGAGUGCUG